AUGACGCGAAUCGUCAAGCUGAACCUGUUCUGCCUUUACGAUAUCGUCAAAAAACAAAGAACGCCGGCUUCGGCGUCCCGUUAUGGAGUGCGGGAGGCAGCCAUGCCAGAACCAAGCGAAGGGAAGUACAUCCGGUCAGAUUCCUGUGAUCAGCUAGUUAAGUGUGGAGUGAUGGCUCACUCCAAAUGCAUGGAUGAAUCAUUACUGACGUGCAGUAUGCAGACGGGAGUAACAGGUGUGAGACUGAUUCUUCAGACGGUGGCAGAAGGUACGGCGGAGGUGAAAAGUAUUCUGUUGCACGAAGUCAACAUACUUUUCGAGUGCAAAAUCUGCGACAACAUAUUCAGAGGUUUUCCAAAUUUGCUUACGCACAAGAGGGUUUAUUGUCGCGAAUCGGUCUUAACAAAGUCUGGCGACGAGUUAAUCCCUGGCGGAAUUGCUGAUGACGAGACGGGCGAUCGAGACAAGUCAUCGUCUGGUCUCAUGAAAGACUUAGACACUGAUAUCGCAGAUUGGAAUUCUGCCAACGCAGAGAAUCGUCCAGCUACAAAAGUGACUUUGAACCUAUUGAAGCGGCUGGCGAAGCGGUGGAUGAAUUCAGAUGAGUCAGUACCGUCAUUCGGGAGCGGCUUUCAGGGUGUAAGACGAAAGCCACCGAGUGGUGUUUUGGGCGGAAAUAAAAAUGUGGCACAAGAUGCGAAGAAGGACGACUCGGCGUACACGUUGGUGCUGCCGGAGGACCCCGUGAACCGUCUUCACUCGAUGGAGCUGCGUCUUCGCCGCAGUGCAAAUGCUUCCAAAUUUGUGAAGACGGUCAGUCGCGACGAGCUGUCAAUAAUAACACGUCUGGAAGGUUGCAAAACGUGUGACUUGAUGACAAGGACAUGUCUUGUUGAGAGAUGCAAACGAUCAUUUCCAGACAUUGAAACGCUUGCUUACCACAUGAACUAUUCGCACGCUGACACAAGGCCUUCUGGCCCGCUGUCGUGCCUUCUUUGCGGAAAACAGUUGGGAGGAUUUCGCGCCCUCAGGGCCCAUAUCCAGCUAAGUCACCGACGAGUCGCGAUGCAUUACAACGACGAAGUGAUGAAACGGUGGCCCGAGAAACCUAAAGAAUACUCCGGAAAUUAUAGACACAUAAAGCGGCCUAACCCGAACGUCGUGUUUGUCAAAGAGGUGCCGCCUCUAUCGAACGAUGUUCCAGUUUUUCCCGAAUCCCCUAAACAGUCAUCUGCGUUGGACGACUCCCAGGUGCUGGUAGAAAAAAAGCAGAAAGGAGACAUUUCGAUUUCUAAACCGCCAACCCUUCAAGUGACCGACCCGAUCAAAAGUCAGGUGGCAGCAGAUGGUUUGGCGAGUGGCGGUGCUAACAUGGUUGUAACCAGCAGUACCAAUCCUGGAGCGGCGGUUACUGAACGAAGAAUUGUCACGUUGCACACCGGUGGAAAGAACGAGCAGUCGAUUCUGUUAUUCAAUAAAUCUAGAAACGUCUUGUUGCAGCUGAAGCCGUCUGCGAUGGGUUCAAAGGACAGGCAGCAUGGCAAACAAAACUAUGUCGCUCUGUUGCCUAAAAAAUACAUAGUUUCUGCCGAGGCUAAGAUCUCGACGGCUCAGCGAUCAGUCUCCCGCGUUCAGAUGAAGCCUUCGUUGCCGGAAAUUUUGCCCCUGUCAGAGCCAACUGAAGUUACCUCGGCCAGUGAGUUUUCUCUUCCUGUUCUCACGUCGUCCGACAUCGAGAAAGCAAUGAGUGCGUUGUACGUAGGUUUUUUGAAUAAUAACGCUUACAACGACGUAAGCGUACCUACUGUACCGGACGUCGCGCAAACUGUUGAAAUUAAGGUACGGCGCGGCCCGGGUCGACCGAGGCGGCUGCGGCUGCAGUCAGAUGGUUCGGAUGAUCACUUAAAAAAUCCAAGCUUAAAUCCAAAGCUUUUGUGCAACCGCAAGCGAAGCAAAUUUCCCGGAAACAAAAUGGCGCGUGGUAUGCUGAAUCGCGGAAUACGUUGGAACCCAAGGAGAAAGGUGAUGCUGCAGCGGACAAAAGCCGGGAGUCAAGUUCAAUUGAAUAUGGAGUCUGACUUCUAUAUGGAUGAAAAAUCGCUAAAAUUAAAUUUCGCACCUGCGACGAAGGCGCUGCCGCAGUUACGAAUAAGACGAACUCUUAAGUCGCCGUACAAUAGCGAAGAGUACGUGAACACUUGGCCGGGAUCGCGUGAAGAAAGAAUGGAAAAGACGGCCUUCCGAGACCGGACUUCAUUUCAUGGAUCUGGUUGGAAGGGCGAUAUCGCUGGCACAUCUGAUUCACGCAGUAUGCAUCAUCGACUGCCGUCCCGGAAGGCGAGAGCGGUGUCCAAAGGAGCGGGAUCAGAUGAGUGUGACUACAAGUUUCCGGUCAUGUUUACUGCCAUUCAAGAACAACAGCUCGAGGAGGUGGCGGAUCUGGACGCGUUCUUAUGUCGUCGUUGUGGCAGCCAGUUCACGACGAGGAGCAACACGGAACGUCACUGCUACGCGCACCUGAGUUUCGUGCGUUUUCGCUGUCGCCUGUGCAACACGGCGGCUUUCUACCUGAGCGAUAUGAAGCGGCACCUUGUUAAGCAGUGCACGAAAAUCUCGUCUCGCAAGAUCGGAGCGAAGCAGUUCAAAGAAAACAUAUUGCCAUGCAACGAAAACCAACCA